UCGAACAUCGUAAAAUUGGCUGCGAUUGGUUGUGCUCAAGAAAGAAAAUUUUCGUCAUAUCUGCCGCAAUUGUAAUUCGACUGAGAUCAAAACAAAUAGCACUUUUGCGUAGCUGCCAAAGAGCAAAAAGUGAAAAUAUAGAUUAAAGACUUUUCUGUGGAAAAACGUCAUAUUUUUGGAAGCCAAUCAUAGUUUUUAAGAACCAUUCCAUCUAUAAUUGGAAAAUCAAAACCAACUGAAUUUUGAAAUUCGAGAGCGUCUCAUUAAACGGAAACCAAUACACGUAAUUAAUAAUGUCGUGGCAGGCUGGCUCAACGUAUCAAGAUCCUAACCAGCAAUACUUUGGCGGUUAUCCUCCUCAAGGUGGCUAUGCACCGCAAGGCGGCUAUCCACCGCAAGGGGGUUAUCCACCACAAGGAGGCGGUUACCCACCCGCAGGGGGUUAUCCACCAGCAGGAGGCUACCCACCUGGUGGAUACGCACCACAACCCGGCUUUGUCGUUCCACCUCCACCGGGCAGCGGCUAUGGAGCAUACGACGAUCCUGAAGGUCAACCAAAGAAUUUCUCUUUUGACGACAUGAGCAUACGUAAAGGAUUUAUUCGUAAAGUCUACAUAAUACUUAUGGGUCAAUUGGUUGUAACCUUUGGCUUUGUGGCACUGUUUGUAUUCCAUAAAGGCACCCAAGAAUUUGCAAGAAACAAUCCAGCUCUCUUCUGGGUAGCUUUGGCCGUUUUGCUUGUAACAAUGAUUUGCAUGGCCUGCUGUGAGAGUGUACGUCGUCAAACACCUAUGAAUUUCAUUUUCCUCGGUUUAUUCACACUAGCAGAAUCGUUCUUAAUGGGAGUAUCCGCCAGCCGCUAUGCACCACAAGAAGUACUUCUAGCUGUUGGAAUUACAGCCUUGGUAUGUCUGGCCCUUACACUAUUUGCCACUCAAACCAAAUAUGAUUUCACCAUGAUGGGAGGUGUAUUAGUUGUGGCAAUGGUUAUUUUCCUUGUAUUCGGUAUUGCGGCCAUAUUCAUCAAAGGAAAAAUUAUAACACUAAUUUACGCAUCCAUCGGCGCUCUACUCUUCUCUAUUUACCUCAUUUAUGACACACAACUCAUGAUGGGCGGCGAGCAUAAGUACUCGAUUAGUCCUGAGGAAUAUAUUUUUGCUGCGCUUAAUCUUUAUCUGGACAUUGUAAAUAUCUUCAUGUACAUUUUGACAAUAAUAGGCGCAUCCAGAGACUAGGAGUAAAUGUAUCAAAAGCAUUCAUUGCUUAAGCGGAUCAAAAGAUCUGGCAAAAAUUAAUUGCAUAAUCAUUUUCUAUUACUUUCCAUUUUCGAAAUUUUUUCCAUUAUAAUUAUACAUGUACACCUAUUUUUGAACUUAAUCUAUAUGUGCGUGUAUAUUUUGUGAAUCUCAAACCAAAUUAACUUUUUUCUUUUGUAAAUUUAUACUGUGCUAAGUACAAAACUUUGAUUAUAUCAUUAGUGCAUCGAAAUUUUCUUAUUCAACAUUUUUCUAAAAUUAUAGCACAGUUAUAAAUACGAGUGGUGAUUUUUCCAAAACAAUAACACAGUGUAAAGACUACUAAUUAAAAAAAAAAAUGAGUAUUUCGCGUUGAAAAAGCAUUAAUCUCUUUUGAGAAGUAACCGUAAAAACCAGCAAGAACAUUGACCAAAAAGAAACAAAAAAUAAUUUAUUAAAACUGUUAUAAUAAUAUAUGUAUGUAUAUAGGGAUUUAUGCAGCUACUUAUGAAAUAUUUGUGUAAUGAACUAUUGUUUUGUUUAUUAAGGUACUUUUGUUUUUUUUUUAUUAACUUCUUAGUGGUAGUACAGAUUCAAAAUUAUAUAAUAAGAUGAACGAAUCUUGAAUAUUUUAGGCUUCAUACUUGCAAAAUACGAUAUUAAAAAAGUAAGCAUUGAAACGAAACUAUUUGCUUAUUCCGAGAAGUGAAGUUGUUGUUGUUACCAAAUCAUAGUCGCUAUUGAUUUACCGCGGAACGGUUUUCAAGCACGAAUUGCAAAUACAAAAAGUCAUUUAUUUAACAAUUUAUUGCGCUAUAUGUACGAGAAAGUCCUAUUGAGAAUUGAACUAAUGAAAGCCGUUGAACUCAACAUACACCAGUGUACAUUUUGUUGGUUGAUAACUGCAUUAAUGUAAUGUAAUAAUUAUAUAUAUAUAUGCAACUUCAAAAAAUAACUUACAAUAAAGUAUUUAUUCUAUAUAAACUUA